AACAUGUCUAGAAACACCCUGGGUCCUCGUCUCACGCUGUGUGCUCUGAUCUUGCUGGCAUGUUGUAUGUCUACAGGAGCAGUGAUUAUCUGUGAAGGUCAGCGGGACUUUCUCAACUGUGGGCGUUCUCUGAUCAAAGUGGUCAGUGCUCACUAUGGACGCAGAAACCGUGUGACCUGUUCCGCUGGUCGUCCACCAAGUCAGAUUAGCAACAUCAACUGCAUCAACCCCAUAGCCUACCUGUUGGUGGCUGCCUUGUGCAAUGGAGAGCAAAGCUGUUCUCUGUUUGCCUCCAACUCUGUGUUCUCUGAUCCCUGUGUUGGAACCUACAAAUACCUGGAUGUGACCUAUGUCUGCGUUCCUCGAAGGACCACAGUGAUCUGUGAAGGUCAGCAGGCUACACUAAACUGUGGGAGUUCUUAUAUCCACGUGGUCAGUGCCAACUAUGGACGCACAGACAGAGUGACCUGCAUCGCUGGUCGUCCACCAAGUCAGAUUAGCAACACCAACUGCCUCAACCCCACAACCUUAGUGUCGGUGGCUGGCAUGUGCGAUGGACAUGCAAGCUGUUUUCUGUCUGCUUCCAACUUUCUGUUCUCUGAUCCCUGUGUUGGAACCUACAAAUACCUGGUUGUGACCUACGCCUGUCUGUGAGCUACAGCUGUGUGAGGAUUGAUGGGUCUAAAGUGGACCAUCCCUGGAACAGACUGGACCUGGGUGUCAACCUGUUUCAAGGACGAAGACUAAUUCAACAUUGAAUACAUUUCUCCAUUCACUUGUAUCAGUGUGUUGUGGUUGUUUCCAGACAGGUCAGAAACACAUCAGGGUCAAGAUGAUCAGUGAUACAGGAAGCACUUGGUUUACUAACCCCACUGAGACCAAAGAAGUCCAGAGCUAAGCUCUGAGU